UCCCCAAACAAAAAGUCUAUAGUGCGUGACCGGUGCCGGUCGCGACCCUCCGUCCCUCUCUGCAAGUCCUCACAGCACUCACUGCACUGCAGACCUCCCACGGAGGAGGACAGAUCCAACUCUUCAGUUCUUCACUGGAUUUUGUGAAAGCGAAUGUGACGAAAAUGGAGACUAUUACCAAAGCGAUAUUUUGUGCUUUACUCGUGCAAUCCGGGAUUUGUUUUGAUAUUCAGCACACAGAUAAUGAUAACGAGGAAAAAUCAGAAGAUGCUACCAGAGGCCGACGCGAUGUCAUCGAAGAAGAAAAAUUCUACAACAUCAGAACAGAAAAUAGACAAGACACAAUGAGUCAACACACCCCGUGGCUUCCCGGCCCUCUACCCCCGGAAGAUCCCACCACGAAAAUAUCAAUCACCAAUACUGGACAAGAAAUACCGCAAGUGUACCAAACCACUGAAAGCAUAACAGACAAACCAACAGGUCGCGGCGCUCGAGCGUCCAACGAAAAUUGGAUAAAGCUUCCUUUCCCUAAUCGUGACGAUGGACACGAUAUCCUAACCCCACCGCAACCGUCUGGAGAGCUCAUCAAUUCCCGAAUGCCAAGAGUCAAUUUCGUGACCCAAAACAAAGCAAUCGAAGCUUCCGAGUCGAGGAACGAUAAAGAAUCGAUACAGCGACCAACGAGGACCGAUGAUUUAAGAACCGAAUUCGUAAGGCCAGAGGAAGACACACCGCAGUACAAGCCCGUGUAUCCGCGCCAGGCCGUUUAUUACCCGGAAGACAACAGGCGGCCCUACUACGAUGAUCGAUACUAUCCUGCUGACGAUUUAUACAAGCGUGAUCCCUACUAUGAUUUAUACGAUCGCAAGCGGCACAACCCCGGCUACGGCCCGCGAGUGGACAGAUAUGAUGAAGCGUAUGAUAAUUAUGUUCCUCGGAAGCCGAAAAGGAUUAUUUACUACGCGCAUCUCCCCGAAGUUGUUAGAACUCCGCCGAGUGUUGAUUUAAGAUAUCGAUACUCCGUAGAUCCUUACAGACGCUUCGAUGACGAUUACAGUGCUCGAUCGAGUAGAUAUGACUACAGAUUCAGACCCAGAUACCCAUAUGCACCAUUACGAAAAGACGACAGAAGAUACGGAUACAAGGACUUGGCCAGUUCCAGUACUAGCAAUAAAGAUAAGAAAAUUGAUGAAAAAGUUACCCCUACACCUAUAUUACCUAAAAAGGAGGAUUUUAAAUCUUCUGGGAGUCCCAACAGAAACACUCAUAGAAACACAAUAAACAGUCAUCAGUACCAUGACACUGCAGAUAAUUACAAUGAUCUAUCUCACAAAUCUUUCUUGGAACAAAAAAAUGAUUAUCUCAGAUUUGACGAGCCGUUAUUCCAUAGCGCUAUCGAAGAUCCAUAUCAGAGAAAGUACUAAAUAUGAUAUCAGGGAAGCAGUAUGUCGUUCGGCAAAUUUUUCCAAAAUAAAUUGAAAAAUACGAACGGCAUAUUAAUGUAAUUAAUUGGUGUAUAUCUACUAAUUACUAAUUCUGUAAAAUAGAGCUCAUUAGAGUUCCCCAAAAGUGUCCAUUUGAUUCACUAAUAAAUGUAAUAACGGA